AUGCCGAUCCUCAAAGCGUCGGGUUGGUGUAUCAUUAUCCGCUUGAAAAAGGGAGAUAAGAAUUGUCUUUACCAGAAUGAGCCGAAGCCUCGGAAACGGAAAUACUGGGAUGAAGAGUAUGUCAAGUCUCUGGAGAACCAAGUCCAGGCUCUCUUAGCCAUACAGAACACGAGAGAUCCCAUCAAGCCCCUUGACACACUUGAAGUAUCUGACCUGGAACCUUGUGAGCCCUCAUCCCAAAAAGGCUCCGGCCGGGAUGACGAACACAGAGAUCUCCAAUCACAAGACGAUCCAGAAUCUACCCAAUCUCGCAAAGCAAUGGAGGAGCUUAGUGUGAUGAUGUGGAGAACUAACCUCGCAGAUGGAGUCAGCAUUGAUCCUGAAUCAGUUAGCAACCGAUCAGAACCCGCAAGCAGUCUCAAUGCGCGUUACAACAUACCCAAUCAUAUCUUGGACUAUGCCAAAGAUCGAGACCGCAUACGUAGACUUGCUGCACUGUUUUUGGAGAAUAUCAAUGGGGAGCAUCAAUUCACCCGAUACGAAUCAAAUGCCCCGUUCUCGAAUUUCUCAGAAAACCCACUCGACAUUGUCUUCCUUCAUGGAGCCAUAUUAGCAGCUGGUGCUACCUUUGAAAACCAGGCAGACUCCUUGAAGCUUAGCGAUGACUUUGCUGAACUUAGCGAGAAUCUGGUGUUUACAUGUUUUCGACAUGCACCAACAAUACAUGUUAUUCAAGGACUCUGUAUUCUAUCUUGGCGAUCUUUGGCCCUGGGACAUGAUCAUCUUGGCUGGACAUUCCUAUCGAUGGCUGCUGGAAUGGCAGUGCAUCUGCGUCUUCAUGUCUUGGCACUUGAUGAGAUCGCAACGAAAUCUAUAAAGCCAUCACUUGAGACAGUCCAGACGUUCUGGUCAUUUUAUAUGACCGACCGUACUUCUCUGUCCAUUCUUGGACGAAACUGUGGACUGCCAUGGCGGCGCGUCAAUGUACCACCUAUCGAAUCCUUCUUCUCUGGCGGCGAGGAGGACUUGACUCAAAUAUCAUUUGCCUGGCAGUGUAAAUUAUGGUAUAUGCACGACCAGAAUAUGGAUCAAAUAUUUUCGUCAUCGUUCGAGAAGCUUGACUCUGCAGAUCAAAUCCACCUCCUCAUUUCUACUCACAAAGACUUGAACAAGUUCUUCAAGUCGCGUGAUCAACGACUCGAAGUCACCCGUGAAGCUGCCCCCAAGCCUGUUCUUCUUUUUCACAUGGCAUACCAGAUGGCUAUCUUAGUCACUAUGCCCCCAUUCCUCCGCCUUUUCGCAACAUCCAAAGCUGAGAACCCUAAUAUUGCCCAAGCAAUGCCAUUAGUGUUGCGAUCGAUUGCCUCUGCUGCAGCAUCAAUGGUCCGUCUUGUGCAAAACUAUACAAAAAAUUACGGGUUUCAACAUGCCAAUCCAUUGUUAAUACAUCAUCUUCUCAGCGCGGCGAUUGUACAUCUCAUGAACACCACCACUACGUCGCACACAUUCCGAAGAUAUAGUACUCGCUCAGUACGAACGUGUCUCACUCUCCUUAAGGAGCUCGGUCGCUACUGGACUUUCCGCUCGAGAAAAAGUUUGGAUGUCAUUAAGGCUUUAGCACGAAGAUGGAACGUCGAGUUCGUGCUUAAAGAGAAUGCUUCGGACAAAGCCAACGAGCACGUAGGUCCAGGGGAAAAUUCGGAAGAGGCUGAUAUUUUCGCUCCAAUGGUUAAUCUAACACCCGAGUCUCAAUUGAACACACACCGUGCUACGCUUGACGUAUCGCCCGAGCUUUUCAGCGACAGUUCAGAGCUCCAUAUUGGCAUGGCAGAUGACUGGCAACCAUUUCUAUGGAGCACAGAGCCGCAAAUUGAUUUCUCAACAAUUCCCUUCCCUGAAGCAGAGUAUGAUCCCUUGGAUCUAUCUCAGGUAUUCCAAAUGGGGAGUAGUGAAAACCUCCCCUGGUGA